ACGAGCAUGCGUGAGAGGUCAGAGUUCACGUUCAAACCAUAUGUGUUGCAGUCAAUAACCGGAUACAUACGUAAAUACAUAUCUUUGUUGUUGGACUCAUUUAUUUAAAGCACAGUGCUCCGAAGACCUAUCGUCACAGGAUAUAAAGAGCCGCAGUAAAGGAAAACGCUUCAGAAACUUCAAGAUUUGUGAACUAGUGAGAGUGCUGCUGUUGAAGAAAAGUCGUAUACGAACAUAAGCGGACCAGUUCUUCAUAAGACAAGGACCAUGUCUCCAAGAGCUGGCGAGGAUGGACACGCGCAGGUGGUUCCCGAUGGACCCGUGGCACCCGAAGACAGUCUAGGACUCACGCCGGAGGUCGUUGACCAGAGGGCGGUAGAGGAGUCCGAAAGACCGGCGCUCACAAUUGUAUGGAAAAAUGUGGUACUAAUGUCCGCGCUGCACAUUGGCGCCCUGUAUGGCCUUUGGCUUCUACCACAGGCAUCUUGGAAAACAAUGAUCUUUUGUUUCGUGUUGUACGAGUUCAAUGCUAUUGGUAUCACGGCCGGCGCUCACCGCCUCUGGUCGCACCGCUCAUACAAGGCCAGACUUCCGCUUAGAAUCUUCCUAGCUAUGUGCGACUCCAUGGCAUUCCAGAAUGACGUCAUAGAGUGGGCACGUGACCACCGUGUGCACCACAAGUACUCCGAAACUCACGCGGAUCCCCACAAUGCGAAACGAGGAUUUUUCUUCGCACAUGUUGGCUGGCUUCUCGUGCGCAAGCAUCCGGAAGUAAAGAACAAAGGCAAGCUUCUGGACAUCUCUGAUCUCCUUGCGGACCCCGUGCUCCGCUUGCAACGGAAGAUAUAUGUGCCGUCUGUGAUAUUGAUGUGCUUUGUGAUGCCCACGGUCGUGCCAUGGUAUUUCUGGGGAGAGUCGGCGUUCAUCUCCUACUUCGUGUGCGCCCUGUUCCGCUACAGCGCCGCCCUGAACGCUACAUGGCUUGUGAACAGCGCGGCGCACAUGUGGGGCUGGAAGCCGUACGACGUCCGCAUCAGCCCCUCGGAGAACCCCGUUGUGGCGUUACUAGCGGCGGGCGAGGGUUUUCAUAACUACCAUCACACCUUCCCCCAUGACUACUCAACUAACGAAUUUGGAUGGAUUCUCAAUCUGUCCACGGUAUUUAUCGAUGUGUGUGCCCUUUUGGGCCUCGCCUACGACCGGAAGGCAAUGCCCAAGCAUUUUAUAGAAAGCCGAAGGGCCAAAACCGGUGACAAAAGACCGCUUGCAAAGAAACUGUCGUGAAAGAACUGUUGAGUGCCUGAACUGUUCAGUGCUGCCACAGUUAGGUUUAAGAAUUCCCAGUUGACAGUUAAACGGUUAUCAUCUUAAUAUAAUAAUCAAGUCAUACAUAACCCUUGAUUACUAACAAAGUACAACUCGUGUGAGCAUAUAAGCUGUAAGCAUUUUAGCAGAAAAAUGUGAAAAAUUGCAAUGACGCCAGAUACUGCUUACAUUAUGGGCAACAUUUUGGGAAAACAUGAGGUUGAUGCAGGCCGUCACGUGCAGUGACAUGCCCCGCUCGAGACGAACUGAUCUGCUUUUAUAUUAUUUCAUUUGAUUUUUGUUCAUUAUGUUUUUAAUUAUAUUAUUGAUGGUUACUUGAUAAAGAAUAUUUUGAUUCCAAAUUAUGAUGCUGUUAAAGUGUUAUCGUACGAAUAAGAUUCCAUACUAUGUGUUGAUUUGUUUCCAUGUUAAAACUGUUGUUUCACGACUGUGAAGUAUAAUUUGGUUAUUUUAGUUUAAUAAAAUACUCAACAUGUU